AUGUUCAAGCAAUUGCUCGUAGUUGCAGCUGUUGCUGCAGUUGUCUUGGCUAGACCAGAGCCUCGAUCAACCAUGUGCGAUCCCGAUCCCAAAUUGGGAUGCUACUCUGAUACUGGACCAUGGGAUAGAUGGUUUUUCCCACUCCCUAAGCCAUCCAAUAAAAUUGGAACCAAAUUCUACUUGUAUACCCGUGGAUAUAGUUCCUCCCAAACCCUCGACUACAAUAACCCAUCUUCUAUCUCUGGUUCUCGUUUCAAUGGUAACAUUGAUACCAAAAUCAUUAUCCACGGGUUCAACAGCGAUUCUACUUCCGCUUGGAUGCAUAAUAUGAAGAACGCUUUCUUGAACAAGGGCUACUUUAAUGUUAUCCUCGUUGACUGGGGUGGCGGUGCCAAGACUCUCGACUAUGAUCAAGCUAGUGCUAACACCCGUGUUGUUGGUGACAUGGUUGGAGAAUUAGCUAAGGCUUUACCAACCAGUAAGAGCAGAGUUCAUAUUAUCGGUCACAGUUUGGGUGCCCAUACAGCCAGCUUUGCUAGUGUUAGACUUAAUAAGGCCGGACGUGUCAGCGGUCUUGACCCUGCCGAUCCUAACUUCCAAGGACAAUCUACUGCUGCUAGAUUAGACAAGACUGAUGCCGACUUUGUUGAUGUUAUCCAUAGUGAUGCCGAUACCUUCUUGUUAGGUGCUGGUUAUGGUACCAAAGAUGCUUCUGGCCAUCUUGAUUUCUGGCCUAAUGGUGGUGAAGAUCAACCCCAAUGCGGUUUAUUCAAGGAUGUCCAAAAGAACAUGAACGGCAUGAGCCAAAGAGGGGACAUUGGCUGCGAUCACGGUGCUGCACACACAUACUACGUAGAAUCUAUCAACUCUGCUUGCGAUUUCGUCGCUAAGCCUUGCUCUAGCUACAGCAACUAUAAAUCGGGCAGUUGUGCUAGUUGUUUCGGCAAUCCAUGCCCAAUCAUGGGUUACAGAGCUGUAGAAUUCAAGAACUACUACUACUACAACUAUAGACUUUUCUUGACUACCAACAAGAGCGCACCAUACUGCUCUAGCGCCAAAUCUGCCAAGUCCGUUGUAGAACAACUUGGUGGCUCAGAAUUAGCAGCAGAAGAUGCCAAAUUAAAAUUACUUAUGUUCAAUUUUCACUUUAAAGCUUGCUCUAGCUAUGAAUCAGUUUUCAAACAUCAUAACUGA